AUGCGCAUGUAUCCAGGCAGCCGGGCGGCGGAGAACACUACUGGACGGGUGCAAUGUAACCGGAGGUCGGGAGAGACUAUAGGACACAGCCCUUAAAAGCGGGAGGGGAGGGUUUAACCAUUAACCAGCAUUAACCAUUGAGGCAGCUGCGCGGAGCCGGUAACGGUACAUAAGGCGUGCGCACCGGCGUCCACGCCUCAGCCUGAGCGCGUUACCAGGAGCUGCAGGACACAUGCAGCAGCUACUCGGGGUCCUUGUUCUCUCACUCAUCUCCCCUGUGGACCGCUGACACUGAAAGGUGACUUUCCACCCUGGUUGGGGAGGGACUUCUCUGCAGCCGGUAAUUCAAUCCUUGUACUGCAGACCUUUAAAUAUCUCCCUUGAAAACCUCCAAGCGGCCACGUGGUGUAAGCCUACCCUGAGCACCUUGCAGUGAAUGGAGAACAUACUGGUUCUGCUCCCGAAGCACCGACAGGAACACAGGCUCUGCAGACGCUCAGCUGCAUGUGCCUUGCUGCAGGUUUUUUCUCACAGAGCAGUUUUCUCCUUGUCUUUAAUAGAGACAUUCACUUCCUGUAAACCUCUUUAAUGGGAUAAAUCAAUUGGACUGAUCAGGUUCAAUACCAGAUCAGGUAGACAAUUCUACUUUGACCUUGCCAAAACAGUUAGGCCAAGGCACGUUGAGCUUUCUUUGUCAAGCCCACUGUCUUCCAAAGGCUUCCGCAUGGUACUUUGGUUGAAAGAACAAGAAAAACUCCCCGACAUCGACAUGUCCUCCGGGGCCAUUGAGGUGAAGAAGGAGGGAGGCCCCCUGACACCGGCCUUCCUCAAUUCCAACAGCUCUGUCCACCCGGUAAUCCUCACUCAGGGCUCUGAGGAGGUGAGCCCAGGGACCGGGGCUGAGUUUGAGCUCACAGAGGUCACAUCUUUCCCAGAGAGGGCCGGUGAGACCGGGGAGGAUGAGGAGAGGUCAGAGAUUGUGGUGGCGCUGGACUGCCGUGCCAACGCAAAAGGUCAACGGGAAGAGGACGCUCUCCUGGAGAAUGCAAGCCAGAGCAACGAGAGCGACGACACCAGCACCGACCAGAGCCCUGAACCACCGGUGCCACUCAAGGAGACCUCCUUCUCCAUUGGCCUACAGGUGGUUUUCCCUUUCCUGCUGGCCGGGUUCGGGACAGUGGCAGCAGGAAUGGUGCUUGACAUCGUCCAGCACUGGACAGUGUUUACGGAGGUGUCGGAGGUGUUCAUCCUGGUACCAGCGCUGCUGGGGCUCAAAGGCAACCUAGAGAUGACGUUGGCCUCCAGACUUUCCACAGCGGCUAAUAUUGGUCAGAUGGACACAACCAAGGACAUGUGGAAGAUGAUCAUUGGGAACUUGGCCCUCAUUCAGGUCCAGGCCACAGUGGUGGGGUUCCUGGCCUCCAUAGCUGCUGUGAUCUUCGGCUGGAUCCCAGAGGGACACUUCCGGCUCGGCCACGCCGUGCUGCUGUGUGCAUCCAGCGUGGCCACUGCAUUCAUAGCCUCUCUGCUGCUGGGGCUCAUCAUGAUUGGUGUGAUCAUAGCAUCCAGGAAGGUUGGCAUCAACCCUGACAAUGUGGCCACACCAAUAGCUGCAAGCCUGGGAGACCUGAUCACCCUGUCCCUGCUGGCAGGCAUCUCAACAGGACUGUACAAGGAACUAGAAUUCAAUGACUAUGCCAACCCGCUGGUGUGUGUGGUGUUUGUGGCCAUAUGCCCCCUAUGGGUGCUGAUAGCCAGGAAGAUCCCAUCAACCAGAGAGGUCCUCUACUCUGGAUGGGAGCCGGUUAUCAUCGCCAUGGCGAUCAGCAGUGUCGGUGGUCUGAUCCUCGACAAGACCGUCACCGACCCAAACUUUGCUGGCAUCGCUGUCUUCACCCCGGUCAUCAACGGUGUGGGAGGAAACCUGGUGGCGGUUCAGGCCAGUCGUAUCUCCACCUAUCUUCACAUGAACGGUCUACCCAUGGGGGAUCCCAACCUCGCCCCCAGGAAGUGCCCCACACCCUGCACCUCCUUCUUAGGCUCCACUGUGAACUCUCGUUCGGCCCGUGUGCUCUUCCUCCUGGUUGCUCCGGGUCACCUCGUCUUCCUUUACACCAUCAACUACCUUAGGGGUGGACACACCACCCUGACGCCCAUCUUCGUCACCUUCUACAUGACUGCUGCACUACUUCAGGUGAUUAUCCUCCUCUACCUGGCAGACUGGAUGGUCCACUGGAUGUGGGGUCGAGGCAUGGACCCCGACAACUUCUCCAUCCCCUACCUGACUGCCCUGGGUGACCUGCUGGGAACCGGCUUCCUCGCCCUCUGCUUCCACAUAUGCUGGUUCAUCGGGGACAGAGAAAAUAAUGCGGGCAACUAAAUGCAUGCACAGACACACGCACAAAAACAAAACUGUACACUUGCACACAUGGACAGUGACGAACCUCACCCAUUAUCUGAAACUGGAAGAUGUCUACAUUAAAGGGCUAAUCUCUUGUAGGGCUCUCAUUGAGGGUAUAGUGCAGUAGGGCAGCGUUUCACCUUCAGGAUUUCAGGAUGCUGAUGCGCCACAGCUGCUGCCAAGAAUCCAGACAGAAUCUUUGUUUCACUGCAGAAACACUGGAAACACACACAUCUCCUUGUCAACCACCCAACAAACCUGCACCUGAUGGAUCCAACCCCACAAACUCCAGUACUCCUCCUCUACUUUACUUAAUAACUUAGUCCUACUACUUUUGUUAUUAUCACUCUAUUGACAAUGAUUGUUGGUAAAUAAUGUAUUUGAUAUGAAUCGAUACCUGUUCUAUUUGGAUGGCCAGUCCUCAUUAUUUUCAAUGGGGACUUUUAGCCCUACCAUUUUUUAAGAUCAACUUUCAACACUUGAAACCAAGACGACAGAGACAGCAAAAAAACUACAUUCAAAAAAGCCUAGAAUACUUAAUCACCAAGUGCUUUGCCAUAUAUCCAGAAAGAAUAUUACAUGAAAUCUAAUGUGUUUAGUUUUUGAUUUAAUAGAGUACACAAGGCUCUCUCUGUUUUACUCUGGCCUUGUGACAACAGGAAACAGGCUUGGGGAGGGUUUACUACAGGGGACUGGACCACAAACAGAACAAGAUAAAGCACUUUUUCAUUGGAUAGUUCAAUUUGAAUCAGGGCAGGGACUCAAGGUUGUAAUUUCUGAGGUUAUUCCUGCACAAGAAAGUACUCUUUAUUUCAGACCUGGAAUCAGAUUCACUGCCUAAAAAAUGCUAAAGUCAGCCUGCUACAGGAACAGACUCACCUCCGCCUCUCAAUUUAAAUGUUCCCACCAAUGAUACUUGUGUGUUCAUUCACACAAUAAUCUGUCUCUUUUACAUUUCUACCAAUUUUGCUAAAUACUACAGUUGUGAAAUGUCCUGCGCCAGAAACUUUCAUUAAAAAGUGAGCAAACACAAAACUGUGGAAAGUACUGUGUGGAAAAUGCGGGCAACUGUUUGUAAGGAAGGAAAAUGCACACACCUCAAGUGUUUGUCGCAGCUCACUGUGAUUAUUUUUGGUACCAAUCGGUUUGUCGCAAUUGGAUGAGAAUAGCACCAGUCCCCCCCCGUAUGAAACCAUCUGCCAACUCUCUACUUGUGCAGGCUUCUUGUUGUUUUUGUGUUGCCCAAGCCAGGCUUACAGUAAGUGACAAGAGGCUCAACAUGUUGCAAUAGACUGGAACAAACCUACAGAGCUUUCCCAGCUGGUACAGAGGGUGAAAGUAAGCAUGCUCAUAGGAAGUGCUCAGUUGGGUUCAGCUGGCACAGUCUGACUCCACAGAGAAGGUUCUGGUUGCUGAUGAUUUUAGGUAUUUGAUUUAGAUUCCCCAAAAAAAUGUUGGCCGUGCUGGACCACAUAAUUGUUCAAGUGAAAGACGGGCUGAUUAUGUUCUGUGAGGUUGGUCAACAGGUCCCAUCCUCGGAUUAGGAUGUUGGUGUUAUUGGUUUUUAUUGUGUUGCGAUUAGAUUCAGAUUCACUAAAAGAUCAGGGUCGUGCUUAAAGCUGUCCGAGGACCCAGUCACACAGCAAAAAACAGCAAAAAAUGUAGCUGCUCUAGAGCGUAAUGAUGACUGCCUGCUCUGCUUCCAGAAGUAGAGUUCCCGUUCCUUUCGAGUGAAGGAACUAUGCAUCCCAUAAACCCCUGCAAAUGAUCCUUUUACAACAACUUCCAGUGUGCUCCCUCUUGAAUCAGACCUUGGUGAAGCAAAUAUUUCACAUUGAGUUCAACUCAAGUGAACUUUACUUGUGGUUAAAAGUCCUGCGAGUGUGGGGAGUGAAAGGAAUCUAAAAUGGAGGGAGCUAUCAUAUUAGCAAUAGACAAUAAUGAAACAGGAUAUCCAUCUUUUAAACAAACUGUGUUAACUUGUUGCCCCAUUAGUGAUUAUUGAAGCCAGCAAGGUUUCUGUCAGUUGGCAAGUUGUGUUAGCUUUUGUUAGCUGAUUUACAAUAUGGACAAUAAAACACCAGGGCUUAGUAAAAGCCACAGCACAGAGAAAAUCGGAACUAGCGGAGCUACUGUGAGUUGCAGCUUGUUGCUAAUGCUUAUAAAUUGUUUGAUCACAGCUUGUGCAUCGACGAGGAAUUGUUUGGAUUUUGGCACCAACCUAUAGGAAUCUGAGGCUAGCUAAGAUAUUAGCUGUGUUACAGCAAUACAUUUUAUACUUUAUACUUUAGAAUAAACUGUCUGCUCCAUGAUAGAGCUGCAGUCUCUUGUGAGCCAUUAGCCAGACGUUCAUGUCGCAAACACAUUUCUUUCCUAAUUGUCUGAUAUCUAUAUUCAGACAUACAAAUACAUUUUUCUCUGGUAGUGUCUGGUGUGACUGGGUCCUUAAAGUUAUAGAAAACUUUUUAUACAUAAAAAUAAUGAAAUAACUACACACACACACACUCACAUAAACGUCCACCAGACUCAGCCGACCUGAGCGGACUCUCUCUCUAAGGGCUUACAUGUGAGGAGGGGAACGACAAAGGAAGCUGUGAGUACAGACUGUACCGAGUACAGACGUUAACCCAGAGGUGAAGCCCAGUGUCUUAGGAGAAACCUGCAUGUGAUGCUUGACUUAUCCGGCGCUUGCCAAACUUCUGUGCUGUUUCAAUGGGGCCAGCAGAAUGCAUGUGCAGGGCACAUAGGAUGUGCAAAAUGUGAUUUUUUAAUCUGUCAAAAAUCUUUUAGUCAGAUUAUUUUUUUGUAUGUGUCAAUGAUGUUACAGUUGUGAUUUUUUUCUUUUUAUUCCUUCCCCUAAUCUUUUUAACUAUUGAUGAUUCUUGUUUUGUGUCAUGAAUUUCCCUGAGCAAAACAACCACUGUAAAGAUGAAGCAACUUCUCUGACGCUGGUCAAACACAGAAGUACUGUAAUCUGCAGAAUAGACAACAGAGGGCACCACAGGGAUUCUCUCAACUGCCCAACUUCUCUGUGCAGCUCUGUGUCCCCCUUGAUUCAAACCCACUGGUGUCCACCCUGAGUCACAUUCGCCUUUUCUCAACAUUUACCAUGUUGAAAAAGUUGCGUCCUUCGAUCCGUCAUCUUUCAGUCUGUAUACUCCACUCUCUUACUGACCAGGUGCCAGCAUUCUGCCUCUAUGUCAAUGGAAAGUUGUGAAUACUUCUAUAAGGGGGGCAAGUAAUGCUUUGUCUAUUUAUUUUUAGAAGCACACAAAGCAAAUUGUACAUACUAUAUUUAUUCUAUAUAUAAGGUUGUUUAUUUUGUAAUUUCAUUUUGGCUCAGUUUCUUUAUAAUCAUGUUAUUGUCAUUUUCUCUUCUCUUUAAUGUGUUCUAUUUUUUUUGCAAAGGCCAGUAGAGCUUUUUGGCGCUUACGCAAUAGGAUGUCGGUGAUGCUAAUGAAUAGCACAGUGCCUAAUACCAGUCUUACACACUUCACACACACACACACACACACACACACACACACACACACACACACACACACACACACACACACACACACACACACACACACACACAACUUGUCUCAUGCAGGUAUUAUAAGACAUAGAAAGGCCUUAACCUAUCAGAGCCAAGCUCGAGUCAGAGUAACCAAUCAGGAGCUAGGUGUGCCACUGAGUAGCAACUCUUUGAUUAGUUUUGAUUAAUAAAAGAUGUACGUUAUGUUGAUUAUGAUGUGUAAUGUAAUAAAGAUUGUAAGGGCUGGCAGCGUCAGUUACAACCUUUUGUUCAAGUGAAUCUGCAAAAAUCAGGACGAGCUGAGUGGAAAACCAGCAGGUUGGAUUUACAGGGCUCAUGAAAGGUCUGAAUUCAAAUUACCAGUAGAAGUAAUAUAUAUAUCAACCUACAAACAAUACAAGUGCAAAAAAUGAUGUUUCCUCUGCUAUAUAACACACGCAGCCUUAAAACCCUCCAUCCAACUACUGCCUUGUUAACCUCAGUGCUUCAAACCCUUGAGCCCCUGAACUCACAGGGAACCAUGCUGAUCCUCAGGCUGCCAACAUCCACAUCAAGAUCGAGACUUUGAUUCAGACUCUAAAUGUCCACCUGUCCCAGCCAGUAAUGUUGCCUAUAAGGAAGAAACUGCUGUAGAAACAUGUACAGUCUUACUGGGGCUGAGGUCUUUAUGUUCUCUGUGUGUUCUUCUUGUAAAAGCCCUCCCUCUGUGAGGCAGGAGGAAGGCUUUCUCCCUGCAGGACUUUGUAAAUUGCUGGAAAUAAAGGACUAUAUUAUUUCAUACCA